AUGUCUGACGCACUUGUUUCAUACGCAGCUUUGAUCCUAGCUGAUGCUGAAAAGGAAAUCUCAUCCGAAAACUUACAAUCUGUCUUGACUGCAGCUGGUGCUUCUGUUGACUCCAUUUGGACUUCAGUUUUCGCCAAGGCCUUGGAAGGCAAGGACUUGAAGGACAUCUUGUUCUCCAUGGCUGCUGCUGCUCCAGCUGCAGGUGCUGCAGGUGCUGCUUCCGGUGCUGCUGCAGGUGCUUCUGAGGAAGCCGCUGCUGCUGCUGAAGAAGAAGAAAAGGAAGAAUCCGACGAUGACAUGGGUUUCGGUUUGUUCGAUUAA